AUGGAGUUUAUUGUCGGGACGGUCCUCGCAGGUGUCCCGAUCGUCCUGGAAGCCUACGAGUACUACUGGAAGAUCUCCGAUGGCUUCAGCAAUUUCCGCCAUUACUCGAGAGAGUUGAUCAAAUUGGACACGAUUAUGAAGACACAAAAAACACUUUUUCGAGGCAAUAUUGUGAAGCUACUGACCGCGCUCACCAAGGAUCAAGACUUAGCCCGCGAUCUGCUCUCUGACGCAAGCAAGGAGAGAUGGGCAACGAUACAAUUGCACGGCAGCCACAACCCUAAUCGACUCGAGUCUCUGAGAGACGCAUUCUCGAGCUGGGAGGCCACAAUGAAGCUGGUGCUGGAUUCCAUUACGACGGUCUGUGGUGAAUUGGAGGGCUUUCGGACGAGCCACACGGCGCAGGGAGGAGUGUCGGCUGGCACCACCAUUCUCAGGCAACUCCCGAGGCGCUUCCGGCUGUGCUGGAAGAAAGAGAAUGUCCAGAGUGCGAUCAAAGAGCUUCGGGACUUCACAGCCGACUUCAAUGAACUCACAGCCCGGAUAGUCGCGGAGCUCAGGGAUAUCCAGAGUACCGCUCAGCGUCAGGAACUGGCUCCUCAGUGGAAGGCGAGCUGUAUGAACAGUCUAGAGAAAUAUCGCCAAGUCCGGUCCGCUUCAUAUAUACUUUACAAUAUCUUUGCGCUAAGAUGGUGUUGUGCGCAACACGACAAACAUGCUGCGAAUAUUUCCCUUGUGGAUGACCGAAAGUUCGCCGAGUCAGAUCGCGUAGACGACUAUGUCAAAUUUAAUGUGGCAAUCGACUGUGCAGCGAGUUCCCCAUUAUGGCGUGAGACACUGAUCUGGUUAGAGAUCGAGGCUCUCAACGGAAACCACCAAGGUGUCUCGCGGAAGCGGGUUGAGCGAUCGGAUUCUGGAACCGAGCAGGACGAGGACAAUAUCUGGGCAGAUAAGAUGGAAGGCUUAGCGGCAUACUCUCGGCCAAUCGUUAUUCGGCCUGCCAAAAAGGCUCAAAGAAAGGUUUUAAAAAAAGCUUCCCAAUCUGUACCCACGCCUGCUGGUGCGGGGGGCUUGAUGUCGACCAUCCAUCAAACCGACGAUGACAGCCUGAGAGAAAGCAUACCGGACACGCCUGAUUCAAUGGUUGACCUUGAGACUAUUGAGGACUUCUGCGGUCACUUCCAAAUCGGACAAUCACGCCUCUCUACCAGCUGCGUCGGAUAUAUCAAGGAACUGAAUUUGCAUCGAUUUUACCUUCCGUCCGCGGGGCAACACGUACCAGAACAACAAAAGUCCCUAGAAGAGAUCAUCACCUGGGUAUCAGAAGAUGAGUUCUCUCGAAACCUACCAAGGACAACAAUCGUCCACCUUGCCUGCUCCCUCGCGACCGCGGUCUUACAAUACCACUCCACCCCGUGGCUCCCAGAUACAUGGAAAAGCAGCCAGGUCCGUUUCUUCGGGAUCGGGGAACUAUCAGAAUACACAAACGACAUUUCUUCUACUAUCCCGUACUUCAGGGUUGAGUUCUCAAAGCCAGAAAAAAGCGAGGCCCAGAUUCUAGCCACUGCCACUGGACCGAACACGGAGAACACCCGAUCAUCGGCAUCUAUCGUCGUCGCUCGGAAUGAGUUGCUGUUCCGCUUUGGCACCGUGCUUCUCGAACUCGGAUACAGCAAACCAUGGCUUCAGCUCCAGAGGUGGGCUCUUCAGAACCUGCCGCUGCACAAGCAGGCGGACUACCAUGCCGCUGAGAAGCUGGCCCAGGCGCCAAUGCUGCGUAAUCGAAUGGGACCACGAUUCACGACUAUCGUGCGCAAAUGUUUAGGCUGUGAUUUUGGGCUAGGCGAAAAUGACCUCGCCAACGAACAACUGCAGGGUGUGUUCCUUGUAGAUGUGAUCGGGGCACUGAAGGAGGUGGAGCAUGGGUUGAAGGACUUGGAAAAGAAAUUGGGAGGAUAUUGA